AUGGGGAAGGAUGGGAAUACUUGCGCCACUCUGCGGGCUGAGAUUGCUGCUACUGAAGCACAACUUGCGAGGUUGAAACGUGAUCUCGUGAGCGCUGAGGAACAAGCCGUGGCGAAUUCGGAGAGCAUAAGCCCCGCGGCAAACCGUGACAAAGGCCAAAAUGGAAUAGAGUCUCGAUGGCCCUUACUUCCGGAGGAAUAUGGACGGUAUGGCCGACAAAUGAUUGUCUCACAAGUUGGUCUUCCAGGCCAACUUAAGCUGCGCUAUGCUAAAGUCUUACUCGUUGGAGCUGGUGGAUUGGGAUGCCCUGCAGCUCAGUACCUCGCUGGAGCUGGAGUAGGCACCCUUGGUCUGAUUGAUGGGGACACGGUCGAGAUCUCGAAUUUACAUCGUCAAGUCUUACACCGAAGCCACAACGUGGGGAAAUACAAGGUGGACAGUGCUAUUGAAUCUCUUCGAGAACUUAAUCCACUCGUCACAUAUAUUCCCCAUCGAACACAUCUCACACCAGACGCAGCACCUUCUAUAUUCAAUGAAUACGACAUCAUUCUCGACUGCACCGACAAUCCGGCAACCCGCUAUUUAAUCUCGGAUACUGCAGUGCUCUUGGGCAAACCUCUAGUAUCUGCCUCUGCAUUACGUACCGAGGGCCAGCUUAUGGUGCUAAACUACCCUCCUCGCCCGCCAGGGGACAAAGACGGCGGACCGUGUUAUCGAUGUGUCUUCCCGAAGCCGCCACCAGCUGAUAGUGUUGUGAGCUGUGCAGAUGGAGGUAUCAUGGGCCCGGUUGUCGGGACUAUGGGUGUUUUGCAGGCGUUGGAGGCAAUUAAAGUGAUCACCGCACCGGACGUGGACGCCUUGAAUCAAACUCCGCACCAGGAUCCUCCAGCUCUGCAUAUCUUCUCGGCUUACUCAAAUCCUCUGUUCCGCACCAUCCGCCUUCGCUCUCGGAGGAUUAACUGUGCAGUAUGCUCUGCCAGUGCAACUGUCUCACUAGACACUAUCAAGUCAGGAUCUACUGACUAUAUAUUCUUCUGUGGGUCAGCGAGCCUCCCAUCACUGCUGGGGCCAGAGGAACGUCUUUCGCCGCAGGAGUACCGGGAACGACAUCCACAGGUGGUCCAUGGAGAGCUCGAACAAGCCCCCUCGAGACCACACACGAUCAUUGAUGUUCGAGAUCAAGCUCAAUUUGGCAUUUGCAACUUAACUAACAGCGUCAACAUUCCAAUUUCGAAAAUUCUGGCUUCCAUGCCUAUUCCGACGAACCAAAGAUUACAAGGCGACUAUUCCGAAUCGCAACUCCCCUCGUGGCUCCCAUCAGAUCUUGCUUCAGAUUCUAACGAUCCCAUCUAUGUGGUUUGCCGGCUCGGCAAUGACUCCCAGCUUGCCGUGAAGAAAAUGAAAGAUCUAGGAUUGGAUCGGAAUGGCCAGAGGUUUAUUGGUGACAUCCGUGGAGGAUUCCGCGCAUGGCGAGAGCAAAUCGACCCUGAGUGGCCGGAAUAUUGA